AUGAAAAAUUUCGACAUCGUUGCCAUCCUCUUCGUUCUCGCUUCUGCCAUCGUACCGUCACUGGCAGUCCCCCUUCCAUCUCUCGAUGCUGCAAGUUAUUUCGCUAUCGUGACCGAGCGUGAUGAUUUUGUCCUCGUCAGUGUCCUCGAAGCGUGUGCAAUAUCCGUAUCUGCUCAAGAUACCGUGACCUGGCUCAGUAAUGACGCCAACUCUGGUACCAUCAAUGCCAAACCUAUUUGCUUUUACAGCGGCCACACCGUCGUCAUGAACACCAAGAUCAAGAAGCUGGUCACAAUAACUGCUCACAGCAAGCUAAGCUCAUUCAUGAGCACCCACGGCAUUGACAACAUAGUACACACCGCCGGGCAUAGCAAGGACGCGAGGCAUUGGACUACUGUUGAUUGGGAAGCAGUUUCCAAAGCUCUCACGCAACACAUUACUGGCACAGUCAGAGUUCUCCUUGGGACUGCUGUCCCGGACAACUCAAUUUGGAGUAGAGCCGAGAAGCCUGCCCUCAUGAGUAAUGCCACUGUUCUGAUCGUAGAGCACUACCAGAUUGACACGAAGGAUGGUAUCAUUAAGAAGGCUAACAUUAAGGGUUGA